UCACCAGAUUAACCGUCAGGUUGAACUUCUCCCCACUCUGGAUUUUUUUGUCUAACUAUCAUCUAACAUGCUAGUAGAAAUAAUUCUAGGUAUUAAACAAAUCCGAAUCAAGUUUUAAAAGAGUAAAAAUUGGUUAAAAAGUAUAAUUUAAAAUUAUCAAUUCUUUCAUCAAAAACAAUGGAAAAAAGAAAAAACUCCGCAAAAAAUGUGUGUGAAAAUCCGCGAAAUUCGCUUUUUGUACUGUCAUUCUGUAAUCAUGAAUAAGAAUUUUAACAAGUCUACUUGCGCUGUUUGCUUUGAAGUUAAGGGAGAACACUCCAAAACUCUUAAUAAGAUAACAAAAGGAAUAGAGGAGAAGAUAGUAACUUUUAUUUGGCCUGCCUACAACCUGGGGAUUGGUGUUUGUCCAUCAGUUAUAUGUUCAAACUGUCGAAGAAAUCUGUUCUGUUUGGAGAAGGGCUCAACCGAAUACUUAUCAAAAUGGAUAGAAAAAGUAUCAAAGAUUGAAAGAGGAAGUAUCAGGAGAACUUCAAAGCUUGAUUUGAUUGCUAAUGUACCUGAAUCUGAAGAAAAAGACUGCUUUAAUCAUAGAAGACUCUGCAAUUUAUGUUUAACCCACUUAGGAAAGGGGUUAGAACACAACUGUGUAAAGAGUCAAGCUGUUUCAAACAUUAUCGGAUUAGCGUUAUCUUUGGAGCAUCCAUCCCCUGAGCAAGUAGCUGCUGGGAUCAUCAAGAUAAAGAUGGAAAGAGAGAGCAUUGAGAAAGGGGAGCAGUUUAAACUCUCUACUGGAGGGAAUCCUCUUUUCAUAACUGCUGGAGUAUCUGAUAUUAAAACCAAACGUGCGACACUCAAACAGAUAUCCUUUCAAACAAUCAUGGAACUAUCUAAUGUAUUGGAACUAUCCAAGAAUAAAACAAAGAAGCUCUGCACAGCUUUAAGGAGAAAUCUUGGAUCCACAACUACAGUUGAAUCCAACAUCUUUGAGAAAAUGGAUUCAAUUCAAGAUAAACUAGGAGAAUUCUAUGAAACUAAAACUGAGAACUUUUUACACAAUGAUGAAAUUACCAGUAGAAGCCUUGUGUAUGUUAAAGAUACAUCUGAUUUUCUAAGAUCCAUCAUUGAGGAAAGGGGACUUGAUAUACAUAAUUCUAUUGUUAGAAUUUCUGUAGAUGGAGGACAAGAUUUCCUAAAAGUAAUUGUAAAUGUGUUCGACCCUGCUGAGAAACAUUCAACUAGUGCCCUGUUUGAUGAUUCUGGAGUGAAAAGAUGUUUUGUGCUUGCCAUAGUAGAAGAUGUUUCAGAAGAUAAUGGAAACCUUCAAAAAGUAUUGUCCCCACUGAACCUUGAUGAUGUUUCAUACCAUAUUGCUCUUGAUUUAAAGUGUGCUAAUAGUGUGUUGGGUUUAUCCAGUCAUGCUGGUAAGUUCAGCUGUUUAUAUUGUGAAGGAGAAUGUACACUGGAUCCUGGAAUACCAAGAACCUUUGGUUCUAUUGAUGAUCACUAUCAACGGUAUGUAGAAGAUGGUAAGAAAAGAUCAAGGAUGAAAGAGUACAAGAAUGUGAUCAACCCCAGACUUAUUUAUUUAGAUGAGUCUCCAGAUGUGCUUUUACAUCAUAGAAUACCUCCACCUGAACUACAUAUUCUGAUGGGUGUGCUAACUAAACUUGCUCUUCUUCUUCUCACCCUAUGGCCUCAAUUUGAGUCAUGGAUGAAGAGUAAUUAUGUGAUGCUGCGAGGUUAUCAGGGAGUUGGUUUUGAUGGAAAUAAUGCAAACAGACUUUUAUCUCUUCUUUCAAUUCUAGAUAGAGAUUUGAGAGCUGAUGGUAGGUUGGACCUUCUUCCAAUAAUAGAUUGUUUGACCAAAUUUGCAGCAGUCAAAGAAAAUGUGUUCGGGAUAGAGUUAGGAUUAAACAUUCCCAGAAUCUUAAAUGAAUUUAAAAACUCAUUUAGUUAUCUACAAAAAUAUGUUCAAGAUAUUUUUGAACUAAAUCUAACUGUUUCCUGGAAAGUCCAUAUAGCAGUUUGCCAUAUCCUACCCUACAUAGAAAAAAAUAAAACUGGACUUGGCAACUUUGCUGAACAGACGGGUGAAGCUAUCCAUCACCAGUUCAAAAAAACCUGGAUCAAUUAUAAGCGCUCUGUCAACCAUUCGGAACAUGGAAGAAGAUUACAAAAUGCAGUCGUCCAGUUUGGGAUACACAAUAUGUGAUUUCAUCAAUAUAUUAUACUUGUUAAAAUGAUAUUUUUGAAACAUUUUAAUUUUAUCUGUAAUCUAUUAUACUUGUAAAAAUGAUCUUCUUAAAAAAAUUUGAAUAUAUUCUUAACAAUAUGUCCAUUUUGACACUUAACUGAUCAAAAAGAAGGGGAAAAUUGAAGGAUUUUAAAGAAGAAAAAAAAUGUGCCAAAAACUUGUGUUAAAACUUGAUUCGGAUUUGUUUGAUACCUAGAAUUAUUUCUACUAGCAUGUUAGAUGAUAGUUAGACAAAAAAAUCCAGAGUGGGGAGAAGUUCAACCUGACGGUUAAUCUGGUGAACAGUGAGGCAUUAAUGGACUUUAGACAUACUUAGUAGGAAAAAGAAGUUAUACUAGCUAUACAUAAUGUAAUUGCUUCUUUUUGCUACUGCUAUCUUAUAAAACAGCCAUUUUGUUUCAAGUUUCUCUGGGCAGCACAAGUUAAAUAGUUGAACUAACUACAAGGUGUCCCACAAAACAUGACUUAAAAGUUGUCUUUGAUCUUGGAAUUUAUUAAUGACUUUUAGUCAUCAACCUUCUUUAACAUGUUUGAUUCUUAAAACAAUGA